UAUAGAUUUCUCCGCUUCUCUCUCUCCACUCACUCAGUCACUCACUCACCUCUCUCAACUACUUCACUUCCAACAACAUUAUUACCCCUUCUUUUCACACUGUUCCCUUGUUCUUACUUCACUCUCUCUCUCUUUCUCUCUCUCAACUCUGAUGAUGCUACUUUAGAUUCUCCCACCUCAACCCCUGCUAUCUGCUACCAUAAUCUUGUGGUAGGUAGGUAAGGAAGGAAAUUCUUGAGUCCCGGAAUCUAGAGUGGUAAACAGUACAUCGCUCCUCCAAAGAGAGAUUUUCAGGAUUACAGCUAUUGAGCUUAAUUGGACUAAGAUUUACUCAGAUUUAGAUUCUCAAUAUGGUAGGAAAAAGGAAGUAUUUGCAUCAAUCCAAGCAUCCAUUCAAUGCUUACCCCUUUGAAGCAUGUGUGUAUGGUUCAUGGAAAGCGGUGGAGUUCAUAAAAAUUGAGUAUGGAGUUAUGUCCAUACAUUUCAUUGAUAAACGCCAUAUUUCUAUGGAAAAAGGCCCCUCUGCAGACGUUCGGAUAAGGUCGAGAAUAGCUACUACUGCAGAUUGCUCCUGCAUUUUACGACGGGGAAUUGAUGUAUGUGUGCUAUCAUCUCCUCAAGGAACUGGUGAUUCGGAUGAAUUUGGUGCUCGCGAGCCUGUUUGGAGAGAUGCUAGAAUUAGUUCUAUACAGAGAAAGCCCCAUGAUUCUGAGUGCACAUGCCAAUUUUAUGUCAACUACUAUGUUAAUCAAGGUUCGCUUGGUGCAGAGAUGAAAACGCUUAACAAGGAUAUUAAUGUGGUUGGAUUAGAUCAUAUCUUCAUCCUCCAAAGGCUUGAACAUACACAUUGUGAUGAAGAUCAGCACUAUCGGUGGACUUCAACAGAGGACUGCUCUAGAAUACCACAAACUAGAUUGCUGUUGGGGAAAUUUUUACCUGAUAUUUCAUGGUUGAUCGCGACAUCUGUUUUAAAGAAGGUUUCUUUCUUGAUAAGAUCUGUGGAAAACAAGCUUGUUUAUGAAGUUCUGUCAAAUGACAUUGUUAUCCCCCCGUUCCAUACCGAGUCUCAUAUAAAUGUUGUAAACUUCAAACUGGAGAAAGACAUGCUAAUACCUAUUGUUUCUCAAGUUAUUGUAUCCAGAACUGAGAGGGUUGACUAUGAACAUCAAGAAUCCCAUGAAGAUGAAGUGUCACCAUCAUCAUAUAAUGUUCAAGGCUUACGGCGUUCCAAGCGCCGACAUGUACAACCUGACCGUUACCUUGGUUGCAAUAGUGCUCCUGAGCUCAAUAUUGGUACUAUUAGAACAAGGCCAUACAAAUUAGGCACAUGGGAACAAGUUGAUGAAGAUCAUGAACUGUCAAUGCCAUUAUCUUCCCUGUUUGGAUUGAAACAAAUCAGUCAAGAUCAGGAUCUUGAUAGUAGUCCUAAGGAGGACAAGGUGAACGGUUGCCAGGAGAUUAUAGUGUACAAUAGGAGGGCUAAAGCCAAGGAGGCGAAGACAGGCGAUGCUGAUCGAGACAUACAGCUCAAUGAACUUGCUAUUAUUCCUCAUCCUACUCUUAAACAUCAUAAGCUCAAUGACAUGAAUUGUAGAAUUGGCAAACAAGAACCAGACGAAACUCCUUCGAAAUAUAGUCAUCUGGUUAAUACCACUAAGCAGAGAAGGAAUAGUGUCAAUCUGUUGAAUUUCAAUCCAGAUAAUGUGCUUGCGCAGUUAGAGGAGGUGGAGAAAAGUGAUGGUUUUUCUUCAAGAUUGCAUUAUACUUAUAGUUACAGCACCUCCAAGUUUCAGAGGAAGGCUUUAAGUGAUCUUGAUGAUAUGAAUCUUGCACCAAAAUGGGAAGGCAUACAUUCCAGUAAGGGAGCUCAAGAUAGAAGGUACCGUCCGGCAUUUUCGAGAAAUAGACAUCCUGAUGAAGAGAGAACUUAUAAAGACAGAACAUUGAAUGCCACAGCCUACAAGGAGUUGAUAAAUUCCUACUUAAAGAAUAUUAACACGAAACCAACGAAAGAAGAAAUGCCUAUUAGUGACCAGUGGAAGCAGUUCCAGGAUUCGCGCAGUGUCGGGAAAACGAAGGAAAUACAAAUAUCCGAUACCGAUUAUGCAGAAGAAACCUCUGAGUUGGAUAAUUUGUGGAGAGAAAUGGAAGUGUCUCUGGCAUCAAGUUACAUUGAAGACACAGAGGAUGCGAAUGCAGCCAAUCUUUUCGACACUCAGGAAAAAUCAAAGGAAGCUUGUGAACAUUACUUUAGAUUGGAUGAUGAAAUUGGAAUUUGCUGCAAGAAAUGUGGCUUUGUGGAGAUGGACAUUAAAGCUAUCACACCAGCCUUUCUUCAACAUUCAGUGUGGCACCAAGAGGAGAGGCAGAACGACGGCAAAGAAGAUGCAGAAUCGAAGGCUGCUGAAUUUGAAGAUUUCAAUCUUGUCUCAAAUGUUGAGAAUGAAGAUGAACCUGUAUCAGUGGAACAUGAUAAUGUGUGGGCAUUAAUUCCGGAUCUUCGAAAGAAGUUGCACCUCCACCAAAAGAAAGCUUUUGAGUUUCUUUGGAGAAACAUUGCCGGGUCUACAGAACCAGCACUUAUGGACAAGAACUCCAGAAAAAGAGGUGGCUGUGUGAUAUCUCAUACUCCGGGAGCUGGAAAAACUUUCCUGAUUAUUGCUUUUCUUGUUAGCUACUUGAAGUUAUUCCCGGGAAAGAAACCUCUAGUCCUUGCACCAAAAACAACACUUUAUACCUGGUAUAAAGAAUUUAUCAAGUGGGAGAUUCCAAUACCGGUGUAUCUAAUUCAUGGUCGAAGAACCUACAGGGUAUUCAACCAGAAACAAUCAAUGGUUUUUCCCGGAAUGCCAAAGCCGACGGAGGAUGUCAAGCAUGUUUUAGAUUGCCUAGAGAAAAUACAGAAGUGGCAUUCACACCCAAGUGUUCUAAUCAUGGGAUAUACUUCAUUUUUGACAUUGAUGCGAGAGGAUUCAAAGUAUGCACAUAGAAAGUAUAUGGCUAAAGUUCUGAGGGAAAGUCCCGGACUCCUAGUAUUGGAUGAAGGGCACAAUCCGAGAAGCACCAAGUCCAGGUUGAGGAAAGUUUUGAUGAAGGUACAAACAGAAUUAAGAAUACUGCUGUCUGGCACAUUGUUUCAGAACAAUUUCUGUGAAUACUUCAACACUCUCUUGUUGGCAAGACCAAAGUUUGCACAUGAAGUGCUGAAAGUAUUAGACCCGAAAUACAAGAAGAAGAAAGGAAAAGUGAGGGCAGUGGAGUACCGGGCAAGGAAAUUCUUCAUAGAAGUGAUCUCUAGGAAAAUCGACUCGAACAAUGGCGAGGAGAGGAUGCAAGGUCUUAACAUGUUGAGAAAUUUAACAAAUGGUUUCAUAGAUGUUUAUGAAGGUAGUAGCUCGGACGACCUACCCGGUUUGCAAAUUUAUACUUUGUUGAUGAACACAACCGAUAUGCAGCAUGAGAUGUUGAAGAGACUGCACAAGAAAAUGCAAAAGUGCAAUGGAUAUCCUCUGGAGUUAGAGCUUUUGAUAACUCUUGGGUCCAUACAUCCUUGGUUGAUCAAAACUGCUGUAUGUGCUAACAAGUUUUUCACAAUGGAGGAACUGAGGGAGCUAGAGAAAUGCAAGUUUGAUUUGAAGAUGGGGUCUAAGGUAAAAUUUGUUAUGAGCCUUAUCUACCGCGUGGUCCAGAAGGAGAAGAUCCUCAUCUUCUGCCACAACAUUGCACCAGUGAAGUUAUUUAUAGAAUAUUUUGAGUUGUUCUUCAAAUGGCAAAAAGGGCGGGAAAUUCUGGUGUUAACCGGGGAGCUAGAGCUCUUCGAGCGCGGCAGAGUGAUGGAUAAGUUUGAGGAACCUGGUGGAGUUUCAAAGAUACUCCUUGCUUCGAUUACAGCUUGUGCCGAAGGCAUUAGUUUGACGGCAGCUUCUCGGGUGAUCAUGCUGGAUUCCGAGUGGAAUCCGUCGAAAACAAAGCAGGCCAUCGCAAGGGCUUUUCGUCCCGGCCAGCAGAAAAUGGUGUAUGUGUAUCAGCUCCUGGUAACCGGUUCGUUGGAGGAAGAUAAGUACCGAAGAACCACAUGGAAAGAGUGGGUGUCAAGCAUGAUUUUCAGUGAGGAGUUUGUGGAGGAUCCUUCCCAAUGGCAAGCUCAGAAGAUUGAAGAUGAAAUCCUGAGGGAAAUGGUUGAGGAGGACAAGUCCAAGUCAUUCCAUAUGAUUAUGAAGAAUGAAAAGGCUUCAACAAACAACAGAUAAAAGGUUACUGUGGCGUCGUUUCAUCCAUGUAGCCGAGCCAUUUCAUCCAUGUAGCCGAGCCAUGUGACGGGACAAAGGCU